AUGGUGAGAGGAGAAAGCCGUGAUGAAGCACAGUUCAGGUUCCCAGCCUCCAGUACGUCAGCGUCAAACCUGAUCCUGUCCCACAGAUUGCUCAGUUCCUUAGCGAGGUGGCUGAAGGAGAGUGCUGACCCCAACCUGGUCUUACCUGAGGGAGUAGCAGCUAUACACCUAGCAGCUGGGAAGGACACAGAAGGUGGAAUUCGAUGUUUGAAACUACUACUUCAGCACGGGGCAAAUCCCAAUGUCAGAUCCACUGAAGGUCUCACUCCAUUGCAUGUAGCUGCCUCCUGGGGCUGCGUCAAGAGUUUGAAACUGUUGCUCAGAAGUGGAGCAGACCCUACUCUCCAGGACCAGGACAGACUGAGGGCCCAGGAUCUUGCUGAGGAGCAAGGAAAUGUGAAAUGUUGUCAGAUUCUCCAGGAGUAUUACCGUGACAGUCUGCUGGAGAAUACAGAGGAAGAGCGUCCCACAUACCAAUAUGUCUCCUAUCGAAGAUUCAGCAGUGGAUUUCAUUUCUUCGCUGACCCUGUUGUGUUCGGCAUCACCGAAAGACACAAAGUGGACGCACUUCCUGGAAGAAAUGACGAAUUACAUCCAGUCCAUAGACCCCAGCGAUCCGCAACUCUCAGCUGGUCUGUGCUCAAUGUCAGUGACCCCAGUGCAAUCUGUGAAAAACCACGCAGCUACUCGACGGAAAUAAACCCAAGGAGCAGUCAUUUAGGGGAUGACACAUCGACCUGGUCUGAGCCACUGAGGCCCCAGUCUCUAUCAGGAACAGUGAAGCCACAGGGACAAGGGCAUAGUAGGGGUAUAGCUGAAGACAAGGGUAAAGAUCACGUCAUUGCAACUGUGGAAGUAACCCUUGAUGACUGUAUGUUGUCAAGUACCCAUGUGGGGACAGAUGGGAAGUUUGAAAAGCUGGCUUCACAUGAACACAGUUCUGGAACUGACUCCUCUGAGUACCACACAUCAGUUGGCCAAGAGUUAACCCUUCAGGAUGAUGAGAGCUUUUUCCCUUUGUCUGCUCCCCAGCCACUGCCAGCUCUGAGCCACGGGCUGGACGCCUCCAUUGAUGAUGAGAGCUUUUUGCCUCCAUCCACCUCUCAACUGUGUCCAAUUGGGAGCGACAGAUUGAAAAGCUCAACCAAUCCUCUCCCAGAAGGCGAGCACUUCCUAACAGAACCCCUCUGUGCCCAAUACAAAGAGAAGCAAGUCUUUAAAGAUGGUGAUGUUUCCAUUAACACAGAAUGGCUUUCUGAACUGGAUUGUACGUGCACUUUACAGGAAAGACCUGAGUCCAACCAAUCACUGUCAAGCACCAUGCUUGAUCUCGCCAAACACACAGAAUUUUGUGAUUCUGAGUUCUUAAUUAAUCCAUCUAGACGCAAAGGCAUUGACGUAACCUCACCAGAUCACAUCUAUCUCUUUGGACACAGACAUUCGACCACUCAACACGAACUGGAUAAAACCACUGCCAUUCCCUUGGAAGAUACUUUCAGCCUCACCAUGGGGACAGUCGGUGAUGAGUGUCCUCCCAGUGCCAACUGUGCCCAACAUGAAGGAGGUGAUUCAAAAGCGUCAAUCUCUGUUUCCAGCAGGGGAUGCAGCCUCUACUGUAGCUGUGAAAGUGGGUCUGAGUGUUUCCCCAGUGCAUUUGGAAGCUGUGAACGGACACGUAGCACAGAGCGAGUUCAGGCAGACACAGAAUCUUGUUUGAUCCACAAAACUCGGGCAGGUCCAAACCAGGAAGUGUCUGUUUCAGGAUGUACAGAUGACGUUACAGCACUUGGCAUCCAGAUGAUACACUCCAGAGAUUUACAAACUGUUCCUUUUAAAGACUCCCAGUUCAUUGGAAGAAUGUGCAAGGACAGACGUUUACGAAGGAAUGGUGAGGGACCCAAGAGUCACACUCCAAGUGUUGGAAGGCAGUGUAGUGACUAUGGUAAAGGUCAUCUCGACACCGUCACCAACACAAGCAACAGUGACAUCUUGCAGAGUUCCCAGGCGGAGCCUGUAAAUACAAGCAGCAGCAAUAAUGAGAAACAGACAACUGUAGCCCAGAGCAGUCUGAAACAGUCAGUGAAUCUCCAUAAUGAAAAUAGACUGAGCCAGGAUGUAUCAUCAGCCAUGAAUGCAAACAUCCAAAAUCACAAGUGGAAGCAAAUGGAGUCGCUUAUGGCACAGGUUCCUGCUGACCACAGAGGAGAUGAGGAUUUUCCAGGUUUAUUGAUGCCAUCCACCAAGAAAUCCUCAUCUUCCAUUGUCUCAGCUGAUGAACCCAACCUGGGAACAUCGCAUAGUGGCUCUGCUUCCAUUGACAGUAACAUGGGAAACAAAACUGAAACGAGUGUAACUGAAAGAUAUUCACCAGUUGGGGAUGAGAAAGAAGAUGGUGACACAGCGUUGGAAAAAUUACUGAAGGACAUCAAGUCGGGAAAUGAGACCGGGUUGUCUCUGCAAUUCGAUGGCAAUGGAUUGUCACCUUUUGUGACUCCACGCACCAAGAGUCGAUUGGCCAACUCCGCAUCCAGGAGCUGCAAUUCCUCACUUUUUGAGCAAACCAUCGUCACACCCAGGAGAAUUCGCCGAGUUCGCAGGCAGCAAGCAGUAUGUGCCAGAAGUCCACUGGACUCUCUCAGCCACGGCUCUGCUGUUUCCCAGGGCACAGAGGAUGAAGAUGGAACUUGCUCCUUUGCUCACACUUGGGAUAGCGAAGAAGCAGACUUUGACACGGUUCCUUUCAUUCGAUGUAACGAUCAUGAGAAAGGGACCAUGCAGCCAUUGGCCCCUUGGUGCUCAGAACCAGGAAAUGCAGAUUUUGACACUGUCCCGUUCCCAAAUCCUAACUGUGAGAAAGGAACCGACCGCACUCCAUCCCCAGUGGAUGAGGCAAACAGCAACAAACAGUCUUCCCAGAUAACAAGUGUAAUGAAUGGUGGGAACAGAAACCAAGCAGCACCUUGUCCCCUAAACCUUGAGUGUGGAGGGAUCAGCCAAGAUGGUUGUGUGUGUCCACCCACUGGGCAACAAGUGGUCACUCAGCCCUACAUAAGAGCCGAUGACGUAAGCCGAGGGAGGUCCCGUAACACUUCUCAAGAUAAUGACUCGUCAAGUGAGCUGAGAAUAUUGAAAGAGAGGCACAGAGUGAAUGGUGCUGCAGAGUUGUCCCAUGCUUUCCCGCGCCCUUCCUCUCUGUGUGCGUUAGCUGGUGACCCUGAGGAUGAAGACAGUGACUGUUCCUUAGAUGGCAAGGUGUGUGAAAGCACAAGGCUGGAGGACAUGGGUUUGCAGCAGGGAACCGUGGGCCAGAGGUGCAGCUUCUCCAAGUGGCCUGCUGCACAGCGUCUUUCAAAAAUACCAAACCACGACGGGGAAUGGCAAAGCCCCUCUGGCGACCUGAAGCUGCAGCUGUCUCCCGGUGGCCGUCCGGUUAACGGUCAUGAGGGUGGAAUGGUGGAGUAUCUGUACACUGACACCGAGGAGGGCCACACGUUCAUAGAACGCCGUUACCCUUGCACAGACGUGAGCGCUGAGAACCUGAGCACCUCAGGCUCUGAGGACACCGUCAUCUACGACUGGAGGGCCUACAAGAGCGGUAGUACACUGAGUCCUGAGGAGAAAGGAAACGAGCAGCCAACAUUGUCCCCCAGCCUCCUCCUCCUGUCCAACAGUCAGAUCCGAAGGCAGCUCAAAGACUAUGGAGAAGACCCUGGCCCUGUGACAGACUUCACCAGGAAGGUUUAUCUGCAUUCUCUGAACAAGAUCAGAAAGGAGCCCUUGCCCAGGAAGCCAGGACAGUCUGCAAGUUACAGUCCAGAGCUACGUCAGAGUUUGGAAACGUUUAUCUUCCCGGAUUGCAGUCAGGAUGAACUAGCUCUAGUGCAGCAAUUUGAACAGCCAGACCAGAACCGGAAAUGGAGGGAGGGCCUCCUCAAAUCCAGCUUCAAUUACUUGCUCCUUGAUCCCAGGGUCACGAAGAACCUGCCUGUUCGUUGUCACACCCUGAGCUCUGUGGAAUGUUUCCGCACCUUUGUCAGCUCCAUCUUCUAUGUGGGAAAAGGAAAGCGCUCCAGACCAUACUGUCACCUCUAUGAAGCUCUGACACAUUUUAAAAACCACAGUAAUCAGGUGAGUGCAAAACUGAAGCAGAUUCUGGAUGUCUGGGAGAAUGGCCUCGGGGUGAUUUCUUUGCAUUGUUUCCAGAAUGUUAUUCCUGUUGAGGCGUAUAGCCGGGAGGCGUGCAUGGUGGAUGCAUUGGGCCUGCAGAUGUUGACCAACAAGAAGCGGGGCGAUUAUUACGGUGUCGCUGCAACCUGGACAGCGAGGCGACGGCGGCUGCUGGGGGUCCACAUGCUCCGUCGGGCGCUGCAGAUCUUUCUGGCAGAAGGGGAGCGGCAGCUGCGUCCAGCCGAUAUCCGGACAGGGCAGUGACCAGCCGCGGGCAUGGCUCAGACCGACCCCCUAAACCCCCAGCACCAUGCGGCAAACGCCAACACACCCAAUCGUGAGACCUUCCACGUGGCACCCCCUGCUCUGCCCUCGUCAUUCGAGUAGCCCAUGUUGGUUUCGGUGCCCACCCUGGUUUCCCCUGGUUUUGGUGUUUUGGCAUUCCCAAAAAAUGCAGCCCUUUUACUUGGUGUGCCAGUGUUCCACAGAACCGUAAUGUGAGCAUUCCCACCUGCUGUUUCCAGGUUGUGGGCAUUGGUACCCAUUGGAAGGGGGGGGUGGUAUUCUACACCAUAUGUCCACAGAGAAGAGCAGCAGGGCCUACUGGCAGAAUGGUCGCCACCCAGUGGCUCAUGUGCACCUCCUGUGGGCGCAUUUGAACAUUGCAUUGCAAAGAGACAUUGCGUUCGGUUGGAUGGACUUUCAUAAAGAGUGCAGAUCUCCAAAAAGUGUAUGAACUGCAAACAUACAAUCUCUGUUGGGAAAAGAAAAUGCUGAACAAUUAGCCUUUUUAUACAAAAAUGGUAUUUAUUGCCUUCCCAAACUUCCUGAUUCUUGCAAUCUCUUGAACAGUUUGUAGCAGUCAAAAUAGUUCCUGGUUUCCGUAUGCAGACGCUCCGAAGGGAAUGGGGCAGAAAUGUCCCUGCCUUUCCCUCAUUGGAUGAAAUUUGGAUUUCCACAAUUGAGGAAUAUUGGUCCUAGGAAAUAGCAGCUGAAAGUUUUUUUUCAUCUUGCUCUGUGAUAGUGAGUUAGGUUCAAACUGUAGUUUUCCCUACUCCACCCUUUUUAAAGAUGUCUUUUUAAUGCUGUUUUUAAAAUGCUCUCUUCUGCUGACCUCCAGAUGGCAGUGUUUGAGGAGUUCUUGUCUGUGUUGGUAUCUGGCAAAAAAAAGCUUCUGCCAUGUGUUUCAGGUUCAAAAGUCUGAGCAUUCCCUUGCAUCAUUGGAGUCUUUAACUCCUCCAAGUGAUUUCUCCCUACAAUCUGGACAGGUCUAAAUGGAUUUGUUACAUUUUUGUUUUAAGAUGAAUAAAUGUAAAAGAUGGUGGCUCCAACCAGGUUUUGAGAAUUUCACCAUGGUGGACCAGGACAUCGUGUUGAGUGAAGUUGGUGAUUUGUGACCUGACAACAAAUAAAAAUAACAAUAAGAGGUUUUUUGGGGGGAAAAAAAUGAAUGUUUGCACAUUGGGUAAAAUGUACAGCCCCAAAAGUAAUUUUCAAGACCGAGCACUCGCAUAAGAACUUGAAGGGGGAGUACUUGCAAAGCCAUUCAGAAAUUAGACUAAUUAAAUCCCAUAUUCAUUUUAAAGACCCAACAGAGGCCUCAAGGCCAUUUUCUGUGCCAUAUCAUUCCUUGGGGAUUGUGUGCAGGUUGUGGUAGAAGAGCCAUGAUCCUAUUGAAUGGCCAACAGGCUCAAGGGGCUGAAUGGCCUACUCCUGCUCCUAUUUUCUCUAAUUCUAACAUCCUCGAGAAGCAAUCGCAGUGAGCUGAAUAGCGUCUCAUAGCCGGUACAGUGUGGAAACAGGCCCUUCAGCCCAACAAGUCCACACCGACCCUCCAAAGAGUAACCCACCCAGACCCAUUGCCUCUGACUAAUGCACCUAAUACUAUGGGCAAUUUAGCAUGGCCAAUUCACCUAACCUGCACUUUUGGACUGUGGGAGGAAACCGUAGCACCCGGAGGAAACCAGCACAGACACGGGAGAACGUGCAAAUCCACACAGUCCGUCACCCAAGGCUGAAAUUGAACCCAGGUCGCUAGUGCUGUGAGGCAGUAGUGCUAACCACUGAGCCACUUAUCAACUCAAACCUGGUCAGAGCUUGUGUUCUGAAUAUGGACUGUUUCAGUAUCUCAGGAGUUGCGAAUGAUGCUGAACAUUGGGGAUGUUUGCUGAUAUUUGCACACUUCUGACCGCAUGGUCAUUGAAACAGCUGAAGAUCAUUGGGCCUUGGACAUUACCCUGAGGAACUCCUGCAGAGAAGUCCUGCAGCUGAGAUGACUGACCUCCAACAACCACAGCAUCUUCCUACAUGCCAGGUAUGACUGCAGCCAGUGGAGUUUCUGCCUUGCUUCAGUAGGGUGAUAAAUUUACCAGGUUGUUGUUUUCCUGCUUUUAUUGAUGGGAAGUAGC